AUGGAGUUGAGCAGAAUGACGCGAGCAGAGGGAGUUCAGCGGCUCCACGGACUCCUCAAGAGGAGCGCAGGACUCGUGAACGCUCAGUGAGGAGCUCGCGGUCACAGCUCACACACACACGCACCUCCCGCGCGCGGCCGCUGGAUUACCGGAGCUGCUUCCCGGAGGAUCUGACUCCACAAGGCGAAAACGCGCUUGCUUGCUGGACGUUUUCAUACAAGUCCUUGGAAGAAGAACCUCAGAAUCAAGCGUCAUUUCUCUGCUGAACACCACAUAAAAUCCGACGUUUUUGUCGAACAAGCAAAGACAGUUUACUUUUAGUUUCUAUCUCGUCACGGUCCGUGUGCAGCAGAAGUCUGGAUCGGCUUCUUCUGAACAUCGCAACAGGUCACUGUCGAGCAACAUAUCAUCAGAGAUGCUGGACGGAAUCAAAAUUGAAGAUCAGUUCAGGACAGGAGCAGAGUCUCUGGCAGUGAUGCUCGGUUCAGAUUGCGCCCAUCAGAGUGUGUGUGAAGGAUGUCACAGACCCAUCUCUGACCGCUUCCUCCUGCGCGUGAACGACUGCUCGUGGCACGAGGAGUGUUUGCAGUGCUCGGUGUGUCAGCAGCUUCUCACCAUGAGCUGCUACUCCAGAGACCAGAAACUCUACUGCAAACACGACUACCAACAGUUGUUCGCAACCAAAUGCAGCGGCUGUCUGGAGAAGAUCUCUCCCACCGAGUUCGUGAUGCGCGCACUAGAAAGUGUGUAUCAUCUGGCCUGCUUCUGCUGCUGCGUGUGCGAGCGCCAGCUGUGUAAAGGAGAUGAGUUCGUCCUGAAGGAGGGACAGCUGCUGUGCAAGAACGACUAUGAGAGAGAGAAGGACUUACUGCGCUCGGUCAGCCCGGAAAUGUCUGACUCCGACAAAAGUGAGGAUGAAGAUCUGGAUGUGAAGCCGGAGAAAGGAGCAGGAAGCCAGGGCAAAGGCAGCGAUGACGGGAAAGACCCGCGCAGGCCCAAAAGACCUCGCACCAUUCUCACCACCCAGCAGCGGCGCGCAUUCAAGGCCUCCUUUGAGGUCUCCUCCAAACCAUGCAGAAAGGUCAGAGAGACGCUGGCUGCUGAGACCGGUCUGAGCGUCAGAGUCGUCCAGGUGUGGUUUCAGAAUCAAAGAGCAAAGAUGAAGAAGUUAGCACGCCGACAACAGCAGCAACAAGAGCAGCAAAACACUCAGAGACUCGGACAAGAUGUGAUCUCGAGCCGAAUGGAGAAUCUGAUGAACUCUUAUACGCCACUGGCUCCACCUCCACAACAUCAAUUAGUCUCCAUGGAGACCAACGGAUACAGCACAGACCCGUUCCAACAAGGUCUCACUCCUCCGCAGAUGCCCGGAGAUCACAUGAAUCCAUAUGGAAACGACUCGAUUUUCCACGACAUUGACAGUGACACGUCUCUGACCAGCCUGAGCGACUGUUUCAUGGCCGCAUCAGAAGCCGGAUCCCUGCAGACCCGCGUGGGAAACCCCAUCGACCGCCUGUAUUCUAUGCAGAGCUCCUACUUCGCCUCCUGAAACCAAAUGCAUACUGAGACUAAACACCCACAAAAACGACCUAACAGCCAUGCUCCUGUCUGCAACGCCAGUCUCACGUACGCCAACAAACCUUCGGUAUAACGCCAACUAGAAUCUCGAGGCAGUAAGGACAAGAAAACGAAAUGAAACAAAACGGCUCAUGCUAUAGAUGAAACCAGAUCUUGGUUUUGUGCUGUUGGAGACAUGCUAAAGAGGUCUAGAUUCUAACCAGGUUCAAAGCUGUGCUGGCCAAGCGUUUGUGCGACACUGAAGAUGAGACAAGAAGGCUUUGUUGAAAAGAAAAAUUCAAGACACAAAAACCAAAUAUUUUCAGAGGAGCUACAGGACAUUUACAGCAGUAUAUUGGACCCCUGGGUGAACAAAACAAGUUUAGACCAUAAAUAGACAAAUGCAACACAUGCAAAAAGUUGGAAACGCUUUACUGCAUACAUUGCAAUAAUGUUGCUUUGUUUUCAGACCAUACAUUAGGAUGUGAGAGAAUAUGGAUUUCAAAUGUUUUGAAAGAAACUCAAGCCGAAACAGCUGUGUGUUGAUAAAGACGAUUAGCUAUUUAUUACGUACAUGUGCCAAGUAAACCUGCAGAGCUUUAUUUAAAACAAAUUGUGUUAGAGUAAGUACCAUAAACCUCUUUAUGUAGUAUUACUGUUGAUGUUUAAAGAUGUAUAUGUUUAUUUCGCUGUGCUAUUUAUUUGUCAUAUGCAUUCUUGGACAUUGUAAAGGAUGCAUUUUUUGCUCAAACCUGCUAAAAUUACCAAAGUUUGUUGGUACUAA